UCUCAAUCUCCAAUUUUGGGGUGUUUUUCUUCCAUACUAGCCCUCAGUAUCAUCCGCAAUAAAUGUGCCCCUUUAAAAGUGAAAAACAGGACCAGGAGAUAGAAAACACCCAAAAGAAAGAACAAACCAAAACCAACAGAAGCCAAGAGAGAGGAGGAGAAUGGCGAAGAGAAAUCUGGGGUUUUUGAUGCGGCAGUUGCUGGUCAGUAGCAACAACCCUGGUGCCGGUGUUGGUUUUCCCUUCCACCACCGUAGGCAUUUUGUUUCCAGUUCUACCCAAACCCUAACCCUAACCCUACCCUGCUCAUCGAUUAUUCCAUCUUAUUCUCUUCAUACUCUCCAACACCGAAGAUUCCUCUGUUCCUGGACGGAUUCGGACGGCGAUUGGGGUCCGUUGCCCGAUGUUUUGCAUCCAGCACCACCUCCUCCUCUACCUCCAUUUAGGUAUUGGUAUUGGCCACCUGGUACACUACCUCCACCUCCAUAUCCACGAAACGCUGACCUAUGUAGUUCCCCUAUUGGUUAUCACAAGGCACUAAAAGAAAUUCAAGAUGAGGGCCUUUCAUCGGUUCUCUUCUUCACUGAAGACCAUUGCCGGACAAGCUCUAAAGCGAUACAUCCAUUAUUUCUGGAUUUAUGCAACAAGUGUAAACAUAUGACAGUGUAUGUUCUUCCCCUGCCAAAGACUGGACUAUUCUCAAUGCAUAUGCUGGGUCUCAAGUCGCCAACGUUCCAAUUCUAUCUCCAUGGGGAAAAGGUGAAAGAGCUUUCCACUGGAUCCAUGGGACGCGUUUUUAAGACUUUAGAAAAUGUCUACAGGUUGGGUGAUUUUGGGGUGAUUAUGAGGGAUGAGAAGGGGAUGUUUAUUGCUUCUGCUGUUGGGCAUCAAGAGGGAGUAUCCUCCCCUUUUAUGCUAAAGCUAUUGCAGCAUGGAAUGCUACAGUACAGUUGCUCCAACGUGAGUUACAGUCCAUCUGGGAUGAAGAAAAGGAUAAGACGACGCAGAUCUAAGGAAGCUAAGAAAGAAGAAGUUGAUCCCUCCAAACUUUCUAAGGUACUUCCGAGUAGGUUUCAUGCAUCAGAAGUUCCUAAAGUGAUGGAGGCACUUGAAUCUUUACCUGAGGCAAAGCCCUUGAGCAACUUGUGGUGGUUUGCCAGAGGGCUAUUUACAUCGCAUGAGAAGAGAGAGAGAUUUUCUGGUUUGGAAGAUGAUCGGGCCAAGCUUGAAUGGCUCAAUCACGAAAUGGCAGAGUAAUAAACUGGAUGCACUUAUAUUACGUUUGACUUAAUGAAUUUGUUAUGUUGGAGUGUUAUUCAAGUUACGAAUUCUACUAGUAUGUUGGAUUCUGGUGAUCAUCUAUGAACUAUACAGAUGCUUCAAUUUGAAAAGCUUCGUUAUUAUCAAGCUUAACAACUUUUGCUGUAUGUUUGAUGGUCUAAAACAGCCAAGUAUUGGUUUUUUCGGCUCAUUCUCUCUCUAGUCUCUGUCCAAAAUCAAGCUAUGUAAUAUAUAAUUCAAACU